AUGGCUGCUUUGAACGGCUUUGGCGUUGGCCGCGUUCUCGAUCACACCAAGGCCCUGGAGGUCUUGAGCGAAUACGAAUCUCGUGACGGUCUCGACAUUCAUGAGCUCAUGAACACUGCCAAACACGGUGGUCUGACUUACAAUGACUUCCUGCUGAUGCCUGGCUACAUUGGCUUCCCUGCCUCUGCAGUCACUCUGGACUCCGCCAUCACCAAGCGGAUCACUCUGAAAACACCCUUUGUCUCGUCUCCCAUGGACACGGUGACGGAGCACGAAAUGGCCAUUCAUAUGGCUCUGCAGGGCGGCCUGGGAGUUAUACAUCACAACUGCUCCCCCGAUGCUCAAGCCGACAUGGUCCGAAAAGUGAAGCGAUAUGAAAACGGUUUCAUCAUGGACCCCGUUGUUAUUGAUUGCAACACCACUGUCGGUGAAGCCAAAGCUCUCAAGGAGAAAUGGGGCUUUGGUGGUUUUCCAGUCACUGAGGACGGCAAACUUGGCUCCAAGCUCCUGGGUAUCGUCACCAACCGCGACCUUCAAUUCGAAGACGACGUCGACGUCCCUGUGGCCAAAGUCAUGGUUACUGACCUUGUGACGGCUACAAGUGGCGUCACUCUCAUCGAAGCCAACAAAAUCCUGGCCAAGUCCAAAAAAGGCAAGCUGCCCAUUGUGGACGACAAGUUCAACCUCGUGUCCAUGAUCUCCCGUUCCGACUUGACUAAGAAUCAGCACUUUCCCUUGGCUUCCAAGUUGCCUGACAGCAAGCAGCUCCUCUGCGCUGCUGCCAUUGGCACUCGUCCUGAGGAUAAGCUCCGGCUGAAAAAGCUUGUCGAUGCCGGCCUGGACAUUGUUAUCCUGGACAGCUCUCAGGGCAACAGCAUGUACCAGAUCGACAUGAUCAGAUGGAUCAAGAGCGAGUAUCCCGGUAUUGAUGUCAUCGGCGGCAAUGUGGUGACGCGCGAACAGGCAGCCUCCCUCAUUGCUGCUGGUGUUGAUGGCCUUCGAAUCGGUAUGGGCAGUGGCUCCGCCUGCAUCACGCAAGAGGUCAUGGCCGUGGGUCGUCCUCAGGCUGCUGCCGUCUACUCUGUCAGCAGCUUUGCCGCGCGCUUCGGCGUUCCUUGCAUUGCCGAUGGUGGUGUGCAGAAUGUGGGUCACAUUGUCAAGGGUCUUGCCCUUGGCGCUUCCACCGUUAUGAUGGGAGGUCUCCUGGCUGGUACCACCGAGUCUCCCGGCACCUCGUUCGUGUCUCGUGAGGGCAAGCUGGUCAAGGCCUACCGUGGCAUGGGCAGCAUUGAUGCCAUGCAGGAUAAGAAGGCUGGCGGUGGCGGCAAGGACAGUCAGAAGAGCAACGCGGGCACUGCCCGCUACUUUUCCGAGGGUGACAGCGUCCUUGUUGCACAAGGUGUCUCUGGUUCCGUUGCUCACCGGGGAUCAAUUACCAAGUUUGUUCCGUACCUGGCUGCGGGCCUCAAGCAUUCGAUGCAGGAUUGUGGCAUGAAGAGCUUGGCUGAACUCCACGAAGGCGCUGCCAGCGGAUUUGUUCGCUUCGAGCUGCGAACCGCCAGCGCCCAGAUGGAGGGCAACGUAAACAUGGAGUCUUACGAGAAGAAGCUGUAUGCUUAG